CAGGACAGCUCACUGUCGUGGUAUUCGAUAUAUUGCGGUGUACGCAAAGCUUCAAUUCGUGUUGUCGAGACAAGGGCCAAUCGGAUUGGGUAGGCCGCCUGUCUCUUUUCGGCGCACCCUGGCCUGGCUCUCACAUUUCCUCCCACAAAACCCCGAUGCCGACGAAUUGCUUUCCCUUUUGGAUACUCAUUGCGCUUGUGGAGGCGUCAGGUCCCAGGCGUGCGGUCUAGACAAGCUUUCCGUCGAUUGUCGAGCUUAGUCUGCGUCUCCUAUUCGUUAUUCAGGCGUCUCCGUGAUUAGUGCUCAGCAUACUAAAUAAAGCUCGCUUAGCACCCUGCACUAUGGUGUAUUGCGGCAAGGCAUCGCAGGGUUGCCAGAGCUGCCGAACCCGACGCAUCAGGUGUGAUAAGAAACGUCCAGAAUGCUCUCAAUGUAUCCGCGUAGGGAAGAAGUGCCCGGGUUACCGGGAUCAACUAUCUCUCAUAUUUCGAGACGAAAGCAGCAAAGUCAUCCAAAAAGCUCAUGCUCAAUGGGGAAACCCGGGAUCACCCGCGGACGGCGCAGAAUCGUCAUCACAGGCCGGAAGCUCCCUUGAGUCUUCAGCCAUCUCUGUGUUAAGCCGCCGACUCCCUUAUAUGUCCGCCAAUGAGGCGCAGGCAAUCAUGGCUUCCAAGUCCAAGAUACCUCGAAGAGUGGAACCCAACAUAGAUCAGCGCGGACUCAAAUUCUAUGUUGAGCGGUAUCUGUUAAACCAUCCAGAUUCACCACGGACACCCGAGCUUAUGGACCUGUACUUUGGCGACGGAGAUGCGAUGCGAAGUGUGAUGAUAGCCGUAGGCUUGGCUGGCAUGUCGAACUUGCUCGGCAACAAGAGUAUGAGUCUAGUAGCUCGUUCCAAAUACGUCACGGCGCUUAAACAGACGGGACAGCUGCUCGUUACCGCCUCGCAGGACCGGAAAUCUUUCAUGAAACCAUUGAGGUCCAUCGUAACGCUAGCCCUAUUUGAAGUUGUUCAAAGUAAAGGGUCGAAACUCACAGCGGGCACGGCAAACACUCACAUACACGGCGCCAUCGCUCUUUCCCAAUCUGUUUUACCUGUAAAACACUCGCCGAACGGCGGUGCCCGUGGGAUCCUACAGCUUCUGUUUUCCAUGUUGAUCCCUUGUCAGAUGACUGAUAUGCCUCUACCUCCGGGGUUUUUUGAGUGUCUUAAAACAUGUCAACAGCUACUUCAGGACUGCAUCGAGUCUUGUGGUGUUGACCUAGCAUUUGCAAUAGCCCGCCUCUUAGAACUACUUUUAAUCGUCGACCGAGCAACACCUAUCGAUGGUCAGCCGGAGAUUGACGAUCUAAUCCAGCAAUUCCUAUCAGAGGAGGCCGCGUUGGAUCACAUGGAAGACCGCCUACGAACCGCCUAUCCCUUUGUGGAACAUCAGGUUGAUGAGCCCUCCCCAGCGCUUUUCCGUGGCAGAUGGCAUAGAUAUAGUGAAAUAUGGGGUGCCCGGAUAUGGAAUCAUUACCGUUGGGCUCGCCUUCUCCUAGGAGAGUAUAUAAUUAGAUUCACCAUCAGAUACCCUCGCUCAAGUGCACGGCACAUCCGACCUCCUCACAGAGUCCAGUGUUACGCCACCAUUGAGAGGGUAGCUGAAGAAAUGCUAACUAGUACUCCUUCUCAUUGGCAUCACCCAGUGCUCGACGAGGCUACGGCCAAGAAAUAUGAGGCCCCGGGUCAGGGCGGUGCAGGGGCUGCGGGACUUCCCACGUUGUUGUGGCAUCUUAAGGUUUCUGGCUGUGCGCCGAACGUCCCUCCAGAUUUCUGGGACUGGGCCUAUAAUAUCCUACAGGUGGUGUGGAGGAGUAUGGGCAUGUACCACGCCCUUUCGCUGGCGGAGGUUAUGGAAGAACAUCGGAGGUCCCUGCAAACGGACACAACCAGUAGAUCGCCAGUUAUCGUCAGUCAAGAGCCAGUGGAGGCUCUAUCAGGAGUUAUGCAAAGAUUAUAAGGCUUAGGCACUACUCACAAUAGGUUCGAUCAAGAUGCAGAAAUAUGGCAUAAAGAUGAUGGGUCGAGUACCAAUAUCUCGAUAGUCUUGUUAACAUGACGGCUUGAUACAGAACACACGAGGCACGCUCUUGAUCUGAUAGAUAUAAGCUAACACAAGCAACA